CGCCCGGCAGCCGCUCCUUUGUGCGGCUGCGGAGCCGUGCGGGCUCCGCGCCCCCAGCCCCGCUCGGGGGCGGCCCGCGGGCCAGCGGGAGGGAUGCUGCCCUCGCCGGAGGAGCCCAGCGCGGCAGGUCGGCGGCCAGAAGCAGCGCCCGGCUCCGCUCGAUGCUGACACCCCCCCAGGACUGCCGGAUCCCCCGCUCUGCACGCGGGGCCGUCCCCACGCCAUGUCCCAGCGGUGCCACCGCCCCUGUGCCGGGGGCUCCCCGGCUGCCCCCGCGGGUCCCCACGGCCCCGGCGCCGCGCCGUGAGCGGGGCCCCGGCGGGGAGCAGAGCUGAGGGAUGGCCUCGCUGGACCUGCCCUACCGCUGCCCGCGCUGCGGCGAGCACAAGCGCUUCCGCAGCCUGUCCUCGCUGCGCGCUCACCUGGAGUACAACCACACCUAUGAGACCCUCUACGUGCUCUCCAAGACCAACAGCAUCUGCGACGCCGCCGUCUUCCCGCUGGCCGCCGACGGGGCCCUGCUGGCCCCGGCCGCGCGCAGGGACUACUUCGAGAGCACCUCCUUCCAGGGCAAGGACCAGCGCUUCUCCUGCGACCUGGUCCCCGCCGACGAGCUGGAGCCGGCGCCGGCCGCGUCGCCCUCGCCGCGCUAUGUGCACGAGAUCGAGAUCCCGCUGAGCGAGAUCUUCACGCGGGGCAAGGCCGUGGCGCCCACGCCCGUCCCGCCCGCCGCCAUGGACUCGGCCUACGAGGAGGGCCUGGCCCGCCUGAAGAUCCGCGCCUUCGAGAAGCUGGAGGUGGACAAGAGGCUGGAGAAGCUGACGGAGGAAGUGGAGCAGAAGAUCGCCUCGCAGGUGGGCCGGCUGCAGGUGGAGCUGGACCGCAAGAGCUCGGAGCUGGAGAAGGCCAAGCAGGAGAGCCUGCGGCUGAGCCGCGAGAAGCAGGAGCUGGAGGACCGCGCGUCGGAGCUGUCCCGCCAGGUGGACGUCAGCGUGGAGAUGCUGGCGUCCCUCAAGCAGGACCUGGUGCAGAAGGAGCAGGAGCUCACCCGCAAGCAGCAGGAGGUGCUGCAGAUCGACCAGUUCCUGAAGGAGACGGCGGCGCGGGAGGCCAACGCCAAGGUGCGGCUGCAGCACUUCAUCGAGGAGCUGCUGGACCGCGCCGACCGCGCCGAGAAGCAGCUGCAGAUCAUCAGCAGCAGCUGCGGCACCACCCCGAACGGCAGCCUGGGCCGCUGCGGCACCCCGGGCAGCAAGGGCAUCGCCCGGGCGGCACCUCUGCGGGCACAGAGGGAGCGGCAGCCGGGCCCGGCGGCGGGGCACGGUCCCUACGGCGCGUCCCAGCAGCGCUCCUGCUCCAGCACCGGGGCCUCGAGCCGGGCCAAGGCCGUGUCGCAGAGCUCGGGCUGCUACGACAGCGACAGCGCGGAGCCGUGUCCCGCGGAGCAGGCGGGCGAGGGGCCCCCGUACGCGGCGCGGGGCUCGGGGCUGCGCCGCCAGGCCAUCCACAACUGGCACCGCCGGCCCUACCGCAACAGCACCGAGGGCGAGGAGGGCGACGUGUCCGACGUGGGCUCCCGCACCACCGAGUCGGAGGCCGAGGGCUGGGAGCCCGAGGCGCCGGGGUGCGCCGCGCCCCGGGCGGCCGGCAGCUGCCGCCUGACCGUGGCCACGGACGCCGGGUGCGCCGCGGGCAGGCCCGAGGGCGCCGGGGCCAAGGCGUGCCGGCUGGAGCGGGGCAGCCCGGGCCACUCCAGCGAGGUCAUCAGCCCCGAGAUCCUCAAGAUGAGGGCGGCUCUCUUCUGCAUCUUCACCUACCUGGACACCAAGACGCUGCUGCGGGCGGCCGAGGUGUGCAAGGACUGGAAGUUCGUGGCCCGGCACCCGGCCGUGUGGACGCGGGUGCUGCUGGAGAACGCCAGGGUCUCCUCCAAGUUCCUGGCCAUGCUGUCCCAGUGGUGCACCCAGAUGCAUUCCCUCACCCUGCAAAACCUGAAGCCGCGCCAGCGGGGCAAGAAGGAGAGCAAGGAGGAUUACAUGAAGAGCACACGGGGCUGCCUGGAGGCAGGGCUGGAGUCGCUGCUGAAGGCGACGGGCAGCAACCUGCUGAUCCUGCGCAUCUCGCACUGCCCCAACGUGCUGACGGACCGCUCGCUCUGGCUGGCCAGCUGCUACUGCCGCGCCCUGCAGGCCGUCACCUACCGGAGCUCCACGGACCCCGUGGGCCACGAGGUGAUCUGGGCCCUUGGAGCAGGCUGCAGGGACAUCAUCUCGCUGCAGGUCGCCCCUCUGCAUCCCUGCCAGCAGCCGACGCGCUUCAGCAACCGCUGCCUGCAGAUGAUCGGGCGCUGCUGGCCCCACCUGCGCGCGCUCGGCGUCGGCGGCGCCGGCUGCGGCCUGCAGGGCCUGGCCUCCCUCGCCCGGAACUGCAUGAGGCUGCAGGUGCUGGAGCUGGACCACGUGGCCGAGAUCAACCAGGAGGUGGCUGCCGAGGUGUGCCGCGAGGGGCUCAAGGGGCUCGAGAUGCUGGUGCUCACCUCCACGCCCGUCACCCCCAAAGCCCUGCUGCACUUCAACAGUGUGUGCAGGAACCUGAAGUCCAUCGUGGUGCAGGUGGGGAUCGUGGACUACUUCAAGGAGCCCCACAGCCCCGAAGCCAGGAGGAUGUUUGAGGAAAUGGUGAACAAACUGCAGGCCCUGCGGAAGAGACCCGGCUUCUCCAAGAUUUUACACAUCAAGGUGGAGGGAGGCUGUUAGCCCUCGGGAGCCCAAAGCACAUUCCCUGCUCUGCCCGGCGGAGCCCCCUGAGACCAAAGCCCUGGUGGGGACCCCGGCUCGGGCACGAGGAGCCCCCAACCCUCCGGGGCCACAAGGUGCUACUCAAGGACAAUUUCUGGCUGCCCCGAGGCAGGGCCUGCUCUUUGCCAGGAGGGAAGAUGGCUCACAGCCCCGGGGAUGCUCCUGGCCCAGGAUCCGUGUUUGGGGACGGCUGCUCUGCACAACUCUGCGGUGGGGUCUCGGGGCCAGGGAUGCCCAGCCCGUCCUGGGGGCUCUUGGCUGGCCUGGCCUCUGCACCCCCAGCCUCUCCGUGGCCUGGGAAGGGGCUGCUGCUCCCCCAGCGUUCCCACAGGGUUUCUGCUCCUUUCAUUUGGGAUUGGGGGCAGCCAAAGCCGGGAAAGGCUCCCAGGAGCCAGCACAGCACAAGGAGCAGCUGCACCAGGAGAGACGGGUGCUCUGCCAGAGGGCUCCAGCCCCGCUUCCUCCCAGCAAACCCCUCCUGCAAGGCAAUAAACCACCUCCAGCUCCUCGUCCAGGGGAAACACGGCUCACGCUCCUGUCCCAGCCUCCAGGCUCCAUCCGGGCUCAGCAUCCCACGUGGAGAGAGGGACUGGCAGGGGACAGCCACGUCUGCCUCCCGAGCAGCCUGAGACACCCUGGCCAGAUGAUCCUGGAAAGAUCCUGGGAAAAGCACCAACCGACUGCCCUGGCUGAGCCUCGCCUACAGCCACCGUCUGCUAAAUCUGACUUUUCUUCUGAGUGUCCUCAGCCUGCAGGGACAUCAUCAUCGUCAUCAUCAUCCCCAAAACAUCCUUCUUCCACGGGCAAAGCUUUGGAAAGGCAUCCAGCAGGGUCAGGCAUCUCCAUCCUCCACGCUGGGAGAAGGAAGCAGGAGGUGGCCCCGGGGUGGGGACAGCCAUCAGAGCACUGCCAGCAGUGGGGACAGCCCGGCCUUCCCCACAGCCCCAGCCCCUGGCCUUGGCCCCCGGGCUGAGCGGAGAGGAGGCCACUGGAGAGAGGAUCUGGGGCUUUUCCCUCUCCCUGGACCUGCAGGUUUUGGUGCCUGCUGGCCAGCGUGGCUGUGAGGGGACAGCUCCCACACCUGGCUGUCCCCUCCUGGAGCAGUGGGCUCACGUGGAGCGUCCCCCAGGAGGGACCAGGCUGCAGAUCCAGCACCACGGCCCUCACCCGUGGCACAAGAGCUGCUGAACACAGCCCGUGGGGAUCCCCAGAGCAAGGGAAAGCACCCCCAAAUCCCGGGGCUGGUGGGGCUCUGGAGGCAGCCACCCUCCAUCCCUGCUGCCUGUCUGCUCCGGAGCAGGGCCGGGGUUUUGGGGCCACAGCCCCGUGGCAAGCACCCCUGCUGCCCUCCCUUGCAGCUUUCCAGGAGAAGGCUGUUCCUGAAUGCACAAGAUGGGGGAGCCCACAAACGCCUGCCAGAACCUCCUGCACGCCCCAGUCCCACGGAUGAGCUCCCAGCUCCCUGCCCUGCCCACCUGGGUUUACCUCCACCCCGGGGAGCCUGGGACGCUCCUGAUCCACGGGCAAGAGCAGCAAGGGAUGCUCCAACCAGCAAAAAAACCACCCAGCAGAGCUACAACCCCCGGGGAACACCCAGCCGUGUGCAGGAGAUGGCACCACCACGGCGCAGGGACUCAGAAUUCCCUCAAAAACUCAAACAAAACAAAGUACCUAUUUAUUUCUAUAAAGAGAAGAAGGAAAAAAAAAAAGAUUUUAAAGGAAAAUUAUAUACUCAGCAUGUUUAUACACUCUGUGCUUAAAGACUGUCGUGGCCCAAGGCUGGAGGCGGCUGCUCCGGGCGUGCCCCGAGCCUCUCCCGGCUCCUCGGGGUGAGGUGGUGGAAAGAGGGGAGGCGUGAGGACUCCAGAGAAGCCUUCUGUGCCAGCGGGGUCGGUGGCUGUGUGUGUGGUGGCGUUGGUGACCCUGUGACCCCAUCCCUGCGCUGCCCCGGGCUUUGGGAGCCUCGCCUGCAUUCGGUGCCUGCCCAGGACCAGACCGAACCUCAGCUCUGCCCGGGCAUUCCCCAAAAACCCAGCUCAGCAAAGCCUCCUUUGCACAAAAAUCCUCUGACGACACAAGACCUUGAGCGGGUUCGAGGACUGGAAGAUGGAGAGUGGGGGUUUCUGCCUGUUUUGCUUGGGCUUGAACGGAUCCCUUCCUCCUCCUCCUCCUCCUCCUCCUCCUCCUCGGCUGGGGAUGAAGGCGGCGGGCACAGCGACAGGAGUGGCGGAAGGGGGGCCCUCCUGGUGGCUCCUAAUUGCCCAGCUCGUUAACGAGCUCAUUAGCGGCUCUGAAAUGCCAGACGAUGGUGCCCCUGCUGCUCCCCGUGCGCCCCCAGAGCCCCCUCCCCGCGGGGCUCUGCCCACGCUGCCCCCUCGGCCCUUCCUCUGUGGGAACUCCCAGGAAUGUUUCCUGGGAAAGCCUUGGGACCGCACAGCGCCUGCAGAAGUGCCAGAGGGGCUCUGCGGUGACAAUCCCAGUAAAAUCCGGGGAUCCGGGGCAGGAUGGGGCUCAGAGGGGCUGGAUGGACCGUGCUUCCCAGCCUGGCUCCUGCAGGACCAGCUCUGGGCAGAUUUAUUCCUUUUCCAAUGCGUUUUCCCAAAGUUUCCCCGUGGCUGACAUUGCCAGCAUUGCCCUGCACCUGCCUUUGGGCGCUGGUCAGGGAUUUCCAGAGGAACAACCUCACCAAAGGCAGCUCGGGGGCCAAAGCCAUCCCUAAUCCCUGGUUUUGUGUCUCCCUCGUGUUGGAUCUCACUCGUUCCCCAUCACCCCCAGCCCCAGGGAUGCCCUGGGGAUCAGGGGCCUCCUCUGCCUUAUCCCCCUGCCCUGGGGCUCCAGGGUGUCAGGGACUGAGGGAAAGGGGGCCCCAGGCUGGCUCUGCCCCAGCAGGAUUUUAAACCUCUCUGCCCCUCUUCUGGCCGGGUGUCCUGGUCCCUGCUGCCACCAAGGGCACGGCCACGGCAGGGGCUUGUCUGGAUGCCCCAAAAGAGCCUGGAUUUAGGGAAAACAGAGCAAAAACAAACCAGGAGAAGCGCUGGUAAUGGCUCCUGAAGCGGUUAACAGAUGUUUUCCUUCAGCUUUCAGGGGAGGCCCCAGCCCAGGAGCUGGAGCAUUGCUUCGGCCUCAUUUUGGGGUGAGAAACAGCAGGUUGGGCUGGAGCAAAAGCUUUUGGGAAUUGGUGCCAAAUGAGAAAGUGCUUUAAAAGGGAAAAAAUCCCAGGGAGCAGGGAGGUGUUGGGAAGCAGAGAUGGUUUGUUGUGACCGAAGCAUUGCAGGGUGUUGAGGCAGUGAUGGACCUUCCCCAUCAGAGGGAGGCAAAAUAAUCCCUGGGGAGUGUGGGAGAGCACUGAGGGAAAGCUGCUGCAGCAGCGAGGAGGGGAAACUGCCCAAAAGCAAGGAAAAAAGGGAUUUUCUAGUGCAGCCUCGGGACUGAGCCCAUGGAGGGCAGCGAGGCAGGUUGGGGCCGGGGACAAGUGGGUGCAAUGGUGUGGGGCAGGUUUUGGGAAGCCAGGGGGAGAUGCACAGUUGCUUCGAGAUAAUCAGAGGAGAUAAUCAGUGCAGAGAAUAGAGAUAUAUAAAUCAGGACCUGGAGUCACUCCCUACGGCCCUGGACGGCAGCGGUGUACAGCGACCUCCCCUCCCCAGAGCUCCCCGUGGCCUCCCAAGUUAUUUUUUUAACUCUCUAUAAAUUUAGGUCUAUUUUAGUCUUUCCGCAGCGAUGUGCCAGUGUCUGGAGAACCAAACAUCCCUUCCUGCCCCUGUCCCUGGAAGCUGAAGGUGUGCCGAGGUUCCUGGAGGGGAGAGCAGGGAUGGGCAGGCCGGGGGAGCAGCGCAGCCCCGGCCUGCAGCCCGUGGCUUUAGCACUUUGGUUGGAACUCUCACCUGUAGACGCACUUUGAUGUUGUUGCUUUGAAACUUUGGCAAGUGUAAACAAUGUGUACUCAAAGAAUUACAGAGAAACGACCCCCAGCCAAGCGUGUAAAGAGCUAUUUUAUGACUCGGUGUUGAAUAAAGACUCUGGAGAUCCA